CGUCGUCGGGCCCGCCAUCUGCCGGCCGCGGCGCCCACACCAACCAUCGCCCGCGUCCGCACGCGCCCCGGUCCAUGUCCUAACACGCCGCCGGCAUUGCCAUCAUGGACCACGCCGGCAUCUCCCAGCGACGCCAGCCCGUCCUGCGGAGGACCCGCUUCGUCUGUGUCUCCGACACCCACAACACCGCCGUCAAGCUGCCCAAGGGCGACGUGUUGAUCCACGCGGGGGACCUGACAAACCAGGGCAGCUAUCCUGAGUUAUCGCGGGCUGUUCAAUGGCUUGAAAAGGCCGACUUUGAAUCCAAGAUUGUCAUCGCAGGCAACCAUGACUUGACUCUGGACUCGGCUUUCUACGCGGAACAUGGAGGUCACUUUCACAACCAGACACCACAAUCGCCUGACGACUGCAUCGCCCUCUUCACCAGCUCUCCGACGAUAACGUACCUCAACCACGAAUCAACGACCAUCCGCCUUUCCUCGCCCUCUGGGCCACACACAUCCUUCUCCAUCUUCGGAUCGCCGUAUUCGCCGCGCAAUGGCCUCUGGGCUUUUGGUUACGAUGCGCCCCAGCACUCCUCCAGCCUCGGUGCCGCCGCCGACCUGCCCACGAUAUGGGACGACGUCCCGCUCGACGCCGACAUCGUCGUAACGCACACCCCGCCACGCACCCACUGCGACGAGUCUCGCGCUCGCCGGGCCGCCGGCUGCGAGGCGUUGAGACGCGCCUUAUGGCGAGUGAGGCCGCGCCUUGCGGUUUGCGGACAUGUCCAUGAAGGCCGCGGCGCCCAACGCGUCCGAUGGGACGUAGAGUGCGGCAACAUCGCAUUCAAGGAGGAAGGCACCGAAGAGUGGCUUGAUCCUGGCCAGGGGAACAAGCAAUCCCUUGUGAACCUGACAGCCAAGGGCGGGAAUCCUUUACGGAACGAUGGUUCCCACCCGAAGCCUCAGCAGCCCGAGGCCGCAGAUACUACCGCCUCGAUCUCGUCUACCUCCGAUAGGACGAUUUCUGGAAGCGCCGCGGAACCCGGGCUUGGCACGCGGGGCCUCGGAGGAGAUCCGACCUCGCCGCGAAGCGACACCGCCGCGCUGGCCGGCCGACGUGGACGACGGGAGACAUGCGUCGUCAACUGCGCCAUCAUGGCCAAGAGCUACCCCCACGUCGGCGGCAAGACGAUUAACAAGCCCAUCGUCGUCGAUCUGGACCUGCCCGUGUGGGAGUGGACGCGAGACGGGAUGCCUCAGCUCGUGUAUGCGGAGGGGUGACGGGCUCAACUUGCAGAGACGGUCGAGCCGAUGUUUUCAAGACGGUCGAAAUCACUCGCCGGCAGCGGGGUAACCGUCGUUUCUUUCGGCGGAGAAUUCGAUCAAUGGUUGCAGAUCAGCACCGGCGCCACAUUGUCAAAACGGGACUUCAAACAGACCGAUCAAACAAGACAGACAAGGCUUUCCGUUCACAUUAGCCCGAUGCCCUAGUACACAGCCUACAUCGCCCGGCUGUGGUCUGAGAACCGGCCCGCAGUUACGUGUCGUUUGCCAUCUGUGGGCCGAGCGCGUUGUGACGGUGGCGAAGCCGGCCGCGUUGCUACUUCGUAAAGAUUCAGGACUGGACUGGGUGCCCUGUCUCACUCCUCGCCAGGCCAGUCCAAGCAUAGUACCUUUGCUGAGUUCUGUAGUUCGUCGACGGCUCUGUCUAGGCGAGGCGGCGGUCAGUGAGGCACGACAGCCUCGCAAGACUCGUGUAGUCUGGCGAGGGUUGGACACUAUCGCCAGCCGGGUACCUCUUUCUUGCACAUUAUGGAUAAGGCUCGUUGGGAUCGGCACGUAAGGCUACCUUCGGUGACAGAAGGCCGCCCAGUCCAUCCCAGCGUCGGUAACCCUAAGUAUCCUAGCAUCAGUAUCCCUGAGCAUCUUAAGAUAGUAGUUUGCAAUGAAU